CUCGUGGUCAAAGGAUGGAUUCAUAUUAGUGACAUUACCCUUGAUCCUCACUAUGCCAACCUUGACUUCAGCAUCACCUCAACCAUCCGUAGCACGAGUAGCAGCAGAAGAACGCCACAGGUAGCAGGACUGAUCGAUGAUCACAUCGGCAGUAGCAAACUGAUGACAACCUUCUCUGCUCUCACCACCACCACCAGAAAUAGCAGGCGAACAGAGCAAAUCCAGCAGCAAAGUAGCAGUAGAGGGGAGCAACAGCGGAACCACAAAGUCCUCUGUUUUCCUCCAAGCAGUAGCCGAGAGGAGUCCUCUGUUCAAGCACGUACAGGCAGGAGAGGAUGAGUCCGCACGAAGGCGUGGAACCUGGACGGGGCGGCCGGAGGCGAGGGUGUCCCCGGCUCCCCGCAACAGUUGGCGCGACAGAUUGCGGUGAAGACGACGGGGCGCGGCGGCGGGGCGCCGCGGAGGAGGGGCCCACGAUCAAAUCCGCGACGGGCCACACCAGCGAGACGGGCAAGCCGCGACGGGCGGCGUGAUUGGCGGCGACGGGCCACGAGCCCACGACGGAGGACGGGCUGCGCCGCGACGGGGGCACAGGGCGGCUGAUGAUCGGAGCACGUGAAGGUGAGGUUUUGGAUGGUGGAACUGUUAAUCUACUGAGUAGAUCUUCUGGCGAAUACAAGAUCAGCGAGGUUGGCUUCCGUAAACGAAAGACUGGACGAGAUAAAGCACGUUCUUCUGAUAAGGCAUACCGAUGUUCAUCUCGUGAGAUGCAUAUUUUUGGUUCUGUUGCCAGUGGUUCAAGCAGUGUUGUCCACAGAGCUAUUUUUAUACCAGCUCAUCGGAUUAUGGCUUUGAAGAAGAUAAAUGUUUUUGACAAGGAGAAAAGAGAACAGAUUCUUAAUGAGCUGGGAACAUUAUCAGAAGCCUGUUGCUAUCCAGGCUUGGUCGAAUUCCAUGGAGCAUUUUACAAGCCUAAUUCUGGAGCAAUAUAUUUUGCACUUGAGUAUAUGGAUGGCGGUUCUUUAGCAGAUAUCAUCAGGGUCAAGAAAUUUAUACCGGAACCAGUUCUUGCACAUAUGCUGGUGAAAGUGUUGCUGGCCCUGCGCUACUUGCAUGAAGUGAAGCAUGUAGUGCACAGAGAUAUAAAACCAGCAAAUUUGCUUGUAAAUCUCAAGGGUGAUGUAAAAAUUACCGACUUUGGAGUGACUGCUGGCUUGCAUGAUUCAGUGAGCGCGUGCACUACCUUCGUUGGCACUGUCACAUAUAUGUCUCCUGAGAGAAUACGAAACAGCAGCUACUCAUAUGCUGCUGAUAUCUGGAGUCUUGGGCUAACAGUAUUGGAAUGUGCUACCGGAAGAUUUCCAUAUUGUGUGAAUGGAGGCCUCAGCGAUCUCAUGUUGCAGAUAUUGGAUGAUCCAUCGCCAACACCAGCAAAAUAUGUAUAUUCGCCGGAGUUCUGUUCUUUCAUCUGUGCUUGCUUGCAGAAAGAUGCUGAUGCAAGGCCAACAUGCGAGCAGCUUUUGUCUCAUCCCUUCAUCAAUAGAUACAAGAGAACUGGUGUGGACUUGUCCGCUUAUUUUAAAAGUGCUUAUGAUCCGACAGAAAUACUAUGGCAAAUGGCACACAUGCUUGCUGUACAUUACUAUCUGAUCUUUUACGGUUCAGAUACUGUUUGGCGUUACAUGAAAACAUUCUAUAGAGAGGAGUCUGUUUUCAGUUUCUUAGGGGAAGAACAUAUCGGCCAAAACGACAUAUUUGGGACCUUGUCAAGGAUAAGGAAAAUGCUGAAAGGUAACUGCCCUCGUAGUAAGAUCGUUCAUGUAAUAGAAAAGGUUCACUGUUGUGCACAUGGGGAAGAAGGCGUCGCGAUUCGUGUGUCCGGGUCAUUCAUUGUCGGGAAUGAGCUCCUUGUUUGUGAAGAUGGGCUGCGAGCUGAAGGGAUGCCAAGCGCUGAUGAAGGGAUGCCAAGCACUGACGAAGUCCCCUUGAACAUCAUGAGCAAGCGGAUCGGUCGUUUCCGAGAGGAAUUCUUUAUGGAGCCAGGAAAUGCCAUGGGUUGCUUCAUCAUAAGAACGCAAAAACUACACAUCGGGAAACAUGAAGGGAAUUCUACCUCUCAGAUCGUGGAAUCUGUUUGGUGGUGAGGUCUAAAAACCCAUCUGUAUGAAAAGAAAACCAGAACUCCAUAAGCAUCGGGCCUUACCUCUGCAUCAACCUUCAGGUUUGAGCUGUCAAGUAAUUAUCUUAAACUUGAUCGCAUCCAUCAGGAGCUGCUUUGUAUCUUGUCUUAGGUCAGAAGUUUAUGAGCUGCAUGUUAGUCUCAUACAUAAUGGAUUUGUGGGGCGGAUGUAUAAGCUACACUGGUCUUUGAGUCUGACAUCUCACUACAAGUGAAAGGGAGUUUAAGGGGCUGUUUGGACGAGGGGGACUAAAUUUUAGUCCCCAUCACAUUGGAUGUUUGGACACCAAUUAAAAGUAUUAAUUAUAAAACUAAUUGCAUAAAUGGAGGCUAAUUCACGAGAUGAAUCCAUUAAACCUAAUUAGUUUAUGAUUUGAUCAUGUUGUGCUAAGUAAACAUAUGCUAAUGAUGGAUUAAUUAGACUUAAUAGAUUCGUCUCGUGAAUUAGCCUCCAUUUAUGCAAUUGGAUUUAUAAUUAGUCUUUAUUUAAUAAUCCUAAAUGGUGUUCAAACAUCCGAUGUGACGCGACUAAACUUUAGUCCAGCGGAUCCAAACGGAUCCAGUUCAGUUGAUACACGAGAACGAAGAGUUGUAAACAAUAGCGAAAUCCACCUGAGCAAAUUGUAUGUGUGCCGCUACUAGCGCCUGUCUGUAAGAUCAAUGCUUGAAAUACAACUAUAGUCUGUAGAAGAACUCUAAAUUCUUGACUGUCUCGGGCCUUUUUUUAUUGCCUUACAGCCGUUUUUUGCCA